AUGAUAAGGAAAUACGGAAUCAUCAUAUCCUACAACAAAGGAUGGCGAGUGAUACAACAUGCCUAUACGGUGAUAAGAGGAACCGCGGAAGAGAACUACAACAAGUUGUCAUCGUAUCUUUACAUGAAGAAAGAAAACAACCCAGGCACAUACACAAACAUAAAGAGGGACGAUGAGAACAGGUUUCAAUAUGCAUUUUUUGCUUAUGGCGCUUCAAUCAUUGGAUGGACCAACUAUAGACCGGUAAUAAUGGUAGAUGCAGUAUUUUUUAAGGCAAAAUAUCGUGGUGUCCUCAUGAUAGCAGUAUCAAAGGACGAAAACAACAACAUAUUUCCUUUGGCUUUUGGAAUUGCAGACUCAGAAAAAAAUGAGUCUUAUAACUGGUUCUUCAAUCAGUUAAGACAUGCAAUUGGGGUACGUGAACAAUUGUCUAUUCUAUUAGAUCGUCACCCAACCAUUGUAAAUGCAAUUGCAAAUGUAUAUCCAGAGUGUCAGCAUGGGAUAUGUAUCUAUCAAAUGGAGAAGAAUUUAAGAAAAAGAUACUUCUCAGAUGUGGUUCUAUCACUCUUCUACAAUCCAACAACAACAUACAAACGAACUAAAUUUUAUACUUUCAUGGAUGAGAUAGAAAAAGUCGACAAAGUUGUUACGGAGUACUUGAAAGAAGAAGAACCAGAAAGAUGGGCUCGUUCAUUUCAUACCAAUAGAAGGUACAAUAUACUUACGACUAACAACGUGGAGUCCAUGAAUGCAAUACUGAGAAAAGCCAGGCAACUGUCAAUACUGGGACUGAUCGAUUACAUUUAG